CUUAUGUUCAACCAAGGUUGUGCUACAUUUCGUCUGUACAAAUUUAUAUUUUAUUCAGAUUUCUAUAAAGUUAAGUGACCAUUGGACAUAUAUUUGCGCAUUUAAAGAAGUUUCAGUAUGAAAAACGAGCUGCUUCUGUUGUUCUUACAACUCAAUUUGGUUUUUGGAACAGUUAACAAAUGUGGCUACAACCUUUUACAACAAUGUUACUGCGGCCUGCAAUUUCAUGACAACCGAUCUAUGUUCGUGGUGGAAUGUGCUGGACUGGGUUUCACUAAUACGGAUAUGCUACGAGAACUUCCUGAUGAAACGGAGAUGUUGAUUUUUACUGGAAAUCAUGUGGGGACUUUACCUAGUAACGUAUUCGGGGAGAACAGAAAUAUGACUAACUUGAGAAUUAUCGAUAUGAGUAACAAUGGAAUUCAAGAUAUUAAAGGAAAAGCUUUUCAUCAUGUAAUAGGUGUGACGCGUCUUAUUCUUAAUCACAACAACAUCUCAAUAUCUGCUCAAUACGAUAAAAACUUCCAUCACCCCAGAGUUUUUUCCAAUUUCAUUAAUUUAGAAGAAUUACAUCUAACUAACGCUUUCGCAGAUAAUACAGGAGCUGCAUUAGCUGACGAUCUUCAUGACAUUUUUGUCAACAGUAAUCUCACGAAAUUAUACAAAAUACAUCUGGAGCAGAACGAGAUUAAAAACUUUAAAGACGAUAGAGUGUUUUGUGAUUUGCCUAAUAUACAUGAUAUAUAUUUGGGUAACAACAACAUCCCUAGCCUGAAUUUUAAUAUAACCUGCUUACCUAAACUACGUUAUUUAGAUUUGGAAAAGAACAACAUCACGAAAUUCUCUUAUCAGGACCUGGAAAAUUUCGAUAAAUUGGCUUAUCCUUAUAGGACAACCCAAAACCUUACUCUAGAUAUUGACGGCAAUCCCUUCCGAUGCGACCAAGCUAUAAAUAAUCUCUACAAUUGGUUGCAUAAAACCAACGUGAAAGUAAGAGAUUUGGAAAUGUUACAAUGCCAUCAAAUAAAAUAUGGAACUGAAUAUAUAAUGAAUUUGAAAAUAUUGGCGGAAUCUAAAAAUGCCAAAAUCUCUCAAGCGUUAACUGUACUAUUAAUAGUACUUGUUUUUAUUUUGUUGACUCUUCUGAGCGCUUACGCUUAUUUGAAAAAAGAUAGUGUAAAAAGUAGCUUGAGUCCAAUUUUCGAGAGCGUUACAAGAAAAGUACAGUAUAAUAAAAUAGAAUCUCAGGAUGUUUAUGUUUAAUUCUCUUUAGAAUUUUUUUUUAAAUUGUAGGCGACAAGGGGGAAUAUUCGUACUAAAUUCUUAGAGAAAUAUAAAUUGUCAACUGGCUUUAGGGCGAUAACGUUGGCCUAGAUGUUAAUACUUGUUCACGAAUAGGAACAAAAGAUAGUAGAGAAACUAAUAAAUUGUUUUUUGAACGAUAAAUUAACUCCUAUAUAAAAUGUGUCAUUUAAAUAUGACUGUUUUGUCAUUUUGACAGCGAUAAAAAAGGUGCAUCGUUUUUUAUCACCGAUAAAAACGCCUAUUGCUCUUAAGCAUCUACAUCUAUUAUGCUUACGUCUCUUUAAUGUCUGCAACUGUCCGUUAUUUAAGUACACUUGAGUCCCGCUAGUCCGAACACGCCAACAAGUUAUAGGAAUUGUUGUUUGGUUAGGUUAGGUUAGGUUUUACAAAUUAAAAUUAGACAAACCUGUCGAGAAGGUAAAUUAUGUCGAAAAGAAAUUAAACUAUGUACAAAUAGGUUGUUUAAAAAAUGCAGACUAAAUUGACACAACGUAAACUAUAAACAACAGAACUUUAUAUUUUUGAAAUCACAAAAUAUAUUUUUUAAAAUUUCAUUUAAUUUAUUUUACACAGAUUUUUAUGCCACUACAAUGAAGUCUAAAGUCAUUCUCUUAGAUUUUAUUAUAAUUAACAAUAAAGAAAUGUCGUAUUGCUGACACAGCAGACCAACGACCUCGUACAAAUAAAACAAUGAUAUUGCGAAUUAUAGGUAAAUUUCAUUCCAUAACUCCUCCCUCCUCAAAUGGAACUCAAGGGCGUAAGGGCGGUGGAGAACUUGAGUGAUGUCGGGGCUCUUGGGAGUUUCUUUUCUUUUUCACAAACUCAGUAUCAAGUGUUUCUUCAUAAAUAUGUAGAUACUGCAAAAGAUUAAGAUUAUUAUCGUGAUACUACUAAAGCCAUAUAUGGAGAUGUUCUGGUGGGUUAGAAUUUCUUCUAGUGGAUUUUCGUCCUUUUCUUGAAGGAGUACUUGAGGAAGUUUAUGCAGGUGAACUUUUUCUAUUUUCAAUUUUUGUAUCUUCAUAAUUGUGAAAGAGGUUCCGGUAAUCUCUUGUAAUGUUAGGGCGUGCCCUGUAAUUGUACUCUUUUCGUUCGAAUAUGAUACAGAAGAGGUUUUAAUUUGGCAGAUGGGUGGAAUAAUAAAAAGGUAAGUGCCAUGUAAAAUUGCGAUGUCUCUAUCUUUGCAAUUCAGUUGCAUCUUCGUUGGCUCUGGAAAAAUACCGAUGUAGUGGCUAUUUCUUAGCUCUUCUAUGAGUUGGAAGUUCGUCUGGACAGGCACUUGCUUGCAGUUAUUUAUGUCACUGAGUGACAGUAGAGGUGUCACAUAGUCUGUUUUCUUCGUUGGCUGGACUCGAUUCUCUUCACAUAGAAAUAUUGAUUGCAGAUCGGUACAUUCCUCUUCUUGGUAUUGGUACAAAUUAUUGCUCAUUAUAAGGAAGGGUGUUUGGGAAAUAAUAAUAGUCUGAUUUAUAUUUUUAGCGGAAUAGAGAUGAUAAUGAUCGAAGGAGUCUGGGUAGACCAGAGGAAAAUCUAUAUAGAAAAUCAACUUAUUGUUUGCAUAAACUACUUUUGAUUUCACUAUCUCUUAAGGAGUCAUCCGCUGGGAAUAAUAUUUGAUUUUUAUUGUGGAAUCUGUGUAAAUCUGUUAUAAUUUCUCUAAAAUGAUCUGGAGAAAUUAACUUAGGUUGUACGGCAUUUAAUAAAGAAAAACCUAUUGAGUUUUCGAUAUCUCUUAAAAAUAUUAAAAUUAGGUCUAAAUUAAAUUUUAGUUGAUCUAUAAUAUUUCUUAUUUCUAAUAUAUUGAUUAACAUUACUUCUAGAUUCAUUUAAUAUUGUUUGUGUUUCUCUUAUUUUAUUGAAAAUUGAUAUUUGAUUUCUCUUCAAUGUUGAUAAUGUAUCAUUUAAACGAAUUUUACGAGAGAUCCUAGACGAUUGAUUAAUGCUCUUUUGGAUAAUUUGCUAGGAAAAAUUGAGAAAUUUUUUUUUUAUUUAUGUUAUCAAUUUCAAGAUGUAAGUGUUUGUACAUUGUAAAAAGUGCAAGUCUAUUGGGAGCUGGUGUUCUAGUAGCUGAUCGUUUGUUUACAAAAACAUGCGCAUGUCACAAACCUUCUAUUAUUCUAGUAACCUGGAUUUUAUUAAUUUUUAAAUAGCGGGACUCUUAACACCAUUUUUAAUUCUGAAGGUAGCUUAUUGAAUAUUUUUUUGGCAUUGAAGGUGAUGAAAUUUUUUACCAGAUCAGACGUGGGUAUUGUUAAGUAAAUGUCCAAUUUUUUUCUUCCAAGAAGUCAGUUUUUUCGGUUUUUUAUCUUUUCUGAGACAAUUUACCUUGGUGAUGGUAAUAUUUUUUUACACCAUUGGAAAGUACAGAUUUGAAAAAACAAAAAACUAACUUAUUUUUUUAAAAAAGCUGAUAUGGUGACAGGAAAAUUUUUGGAUUGAAAAUUAGGGCGAUUUUGUGAUAUUAAGUUAAAAUAAGGUGAAAAAACAGAUAUUUCAAAUUGAAUAGAUAACAGUAUAUUUGAGACAUAAAAAGGUUUUCACCGAAAAGAUAAAAAUAAAAAAACAAAAUCUUGUUUUAUUCUAUUUUUCAGAUAAAUUUUGAGGUUAUGUGAAAAAUAUGUGAAUAAAAAGUUGCAGAUUUUUUAUUAUUCACAGCUUCGCUAUUUAACUUUUUCCCAUAAAGUAUUUUUCCUCCAAGUAUUAUUACAUUCCCUUUCUUUUUCAAUGGGUUUCAUUCUAAUAUUAUUUUCUUUUGGUUUCAACAUUCAUCGACUCUGGUCUAUAAAAUUAUUUCUUGUGAAAAAUAACUGAUAAUAAUUAUUAGUUCAUAUGAAUUUAUUAAUUAAUGGUUUAGCAUAUUAUAUAGAAAUUUAUUUGAUGUUAAAAUUUUAAACUACAAGAGUUGAUUGAUAGAGAAUUAAAUAUGUCAAGAUUGUUUAUAUGUUUAAAAAAGCAAAGAGUUUUAAUAUUUAGAAAGCUCCAUAUAUCUAUAAAUAACAUAGACUGAAAUUUAUACAAUAAAUAAAAACUGAUAAUUAGAAAAGAAGAUUUAGAUAUUUUGAACAGGAGGAAGUGCUAGAGAUAUUGAAGUUUGAGUGGUGAAAAACUUUUUUAAAAAUGUGAACAAGGAGUAUAACUGGAGUAGAUAGAAUUUUAAACACUUUAAUUGUGUUAAAGUAAAGAUCUUUGGGUAUUCUAGUAGUUUUUAGAUUGUAAUAUUUUGUGACCUAGUUGGAUGUUGUAAUAUUUUUGGAAAGUCUGUAAUUAAUAUAAUCUAUAAUGAAUUUUCGUUAACAAUAUAAUACGAGUAAUACUAAAAGGUAUGCGCCAGCCAUUUUGCUUGUGAUUCUAUGAACUCAGUUGCGUUGAAAACAAAUAUUUUUGCUUAGCAUUAUAACACGUUAUUUUUUAAUUCGAAGUACUCGUAGAUCUAGCAACGAAGAAUUAAAUGUUUUUUCAAAAUAUUACUUAAUAUUUAGAUUAAAAAAUACUUGCCCAAAAUAGUCGAGCUUACUCGAUAUAGCUUUUGAUAUUUUUAUAUAUAUAAUGAUGUAAGAACAAGUUAGCAACAAAAUUUAGUGAGAAAAAUUAGUUGAUUAUAUAUUUUUUGAAAUUUUUUGUAAAUAAUUUUUGUAUAUAUGUAAUACACAUUUUUAGUAUACAUUUUUAU